AUGCCAAAGAAAAAGAAGGGAACAAAGUCGGCAAGAGCUGAGCCAUAUAAGGCCACUGUCCCAGCCAGACGCCGCUCUGAGAGAAUUGCACAGGCAGUUCCGGAGGACACGCAAACUGCUACCGAAGGAUUGGCGAGCCCAGGAUUACUUCUUACCGGCCUUCCACUGGAAAUCAGACUGGAGAUCUUCGGGUACUUCACUGGGGCUCCAACAGAAUACGACGAGCAAGAACGCCAAAAGAUCGAGCUCACAAGACGAUCUCUGUUGUUGGUCUCACGCCAGGUCAACACCGAAUGGACACCGCUCUUUUUCAAUACGACGACCAUCAUGUUCAAGGCGGGACGCACCGACCGUGCUGGAUUCCCAACUCCAUCGAAGGCUACGCGACAAGAAGAAAAUGAACUCCACGCCAUGCGGAUUGCUGUCAAUGUGUCUGAUGAGCUCCUCAAGAGCAUUUCCCUUCCCAAAUUGGAAUUUGUCAAGAAAUUGCAUUGGGAGCAUACAAUUGCGCAAGCUAGGCUGGGAUGGCAUGGCGGAGGUGUAGGACAGAUUGCGGACGACAGAGGCCUCGUACGACUAUCUCAUGCACUCAAACACAUGAAGGCGUCGUUGCCCAAUCUUACUGAGGUCAUUUACUCGAACAGCACUGGUUACCACACCGAAUCGUUCUCCGCCACGAAUGACCCCUCAGGCAAAGAGCAUGAUCACGAGCAUGAGUUUCGUCGCAUCGAUGCUGGUGGCCGACAUCAGGAACUCGCAAAUAGACUAGUGGGCGAACGCCGCUCUAGUGUCCUUCGUGGAUUCGUCGUCGACAAAAAGGUCAUUUUCGAACCCGGUCGCUACUUGGGCACUCAGCACUUGUUGUACGCUCAAGGAUUCCAGAUCAUAUUCAAGAAGGCAAGGGGUGCGAAUUCGAACUCGAACGUUGGAUGA